GUUGUUUUUACCGGGAAUUUGCACGGAGUAACAACGACAGAAACCAGCUUGAAGUUACUAGUUGCUGUGUGAUCCGCCCUUUUGUCUAUUUCUGUAUAUUUCACAUGGAUAUAGAGGGUGGCACAUACGAACCAGGAUUCGUUGGAAUCCGGUUUUGUCAGGAAUGUAACAACAUGUUGUAUCCCAAAGAAGACAAGGAAAAUCGUAUCCUACUGUACGCAUGCAGAAAUUGUGACUACCAACAAGAGGCAGACAACAGCUGUAUCUACGUCAACAAGAUCACGCACGAAGUUGAUGAGCUGACGCAAAUCAUUGCAGAUGUAUCCCAGGAUCCAACACUACCACGGACAGAAGACCACCCAUGUCCAAAGUGCGGCCACAAGGAGGCAGUGUUCUUCCAGUCCCACAGUAUGAAGGCUGAGGAUGCCAUGAGGCUGUACUACGUCUGCACUGCCCCUCACUGUGGACAUCGCUGGACAGAGUGAGGAAGAGGUUGACGACUGCCUCCGCAGGUCCUGUUGUCUGUCAAGUCAGCUUCACCAUCUUACAAGGGUUUCCAAAAUGUCACUGUUUAAAACCAGAUACUGGGAAACUGAGGGUCAAGCUUUUUUACUUUUCCCAUGGACUUUUCAAACUAUGAAAAUCGUGUGGUUUGUAUGUAAAUUAAAGUAAAGGGGAAAGUAAGAAGAAAGACAUUAUGGAUAAAUGGCUACAGUAGCAACUGUAUGGAUAUUUUGUUUAUAUUGUAGUAGUCUUAGUACUUUUUACUGAUAUGUACCACCUAUUUUUGUUUUUUAAAUUUAAAAUAUUAAAAGAAUAAAUGUGUUCUCCACAAAAAGC